AUGGGACUGCCAGUACUCAUGAGUUCAUCGCUGCCGACCUGCACAUCAUCCGCUGCUUUCAACGUACCAGUCGCUACCGAGGAUGCGGAAGCCGUUCAUAAUUAUGAGAGGAAUUGUCAUGCUCAUAUCGCCGCACCAGGUGACUACCUACAGUCAUCUUUCAGCAAUCCGGCGAAUAUGUGCUAUGCAUCCAAAUCCACCACUUCUAACCCGUACAUGCAAUAUCAGAUGGCAGCUGGAGCCCAUCUGGCGUACUUCAACACCAUUAUGCGCACAAACCAAACCACUAAAGAUUGCAGCAUAACUCUUCGAUCACAGCAGCACAGAAGAAAGCCGCGAGUUCUGUUUACACAGCGCCAAGUGAACGAGCUGGAAGAGCGUUUCAAAAAGCAACGCUACGUAACCGCAAGCGAAAGGGAGGAGCUAGCUAACAUAUUAGGGCUAAGUGCCACUCAGGUGAAAAUUUGGUUCCAAAACAGAAGGUACAAGUGCAAAAGACUGGCACAGGACAGAACCUUGCAGCUUAGCCAACUUCCUUUUAAUCCUGUAGUUAUUCGCUUCGGCUAUGCCAUUCGGCUUCAACUGCAUCAGCAAGGAUUAGAAGAAGAUGAAAGUUGA